AUGGAGCGCACCGCGGCUCCGCUCCCAAAUGCCUCUCCGGGCGGGCCUGUGGAAGGCAACCCUCCGGGGACUCCGCCGGACGGGGGCGGACUGGGCCGUAGUCGGCGCACCAAGCCCCGGUUGCCGAAGGUGGAUCGAGCCGGCAUUCUGCACCCGGCUCCUGAGGCGCUCCCUCCCUGGGGCGCAGCUCUGCUCACCGCCCCCCACCCGGAGGAGCCGUGCGCCCUUGGGGACCGCCCCGCGCGGGCCAGCUCCGCGCCUGCGGCUCCGGGACAGCCCCCGGACUCUGCCAGGUGGAUAUUGUGCGUUGCCGGAGCCAAGUUGAAGAGAGAACUGGAUGCCACUGCCACAGUACUGGCCAACCGGCAAGAUGAAAGCGAGCAGUCUAGAAAACGGCUCAUCGAGCAAAGCCGGGAGUUCAAGAAGAACACUCCAGAGGAUUUGCGGAAGCAGGUAGCUCCACUGCUGAAGAGUUUCCAAGGGGAGAUUGAUGCACUGAGUAAAAGGAGCAAAGAGGCCGAAGCAGCCUUCUUGAACGUCUACAAGAGAUUGAUUGAUGUCCCAGACCCCGUGCCGGCUCUGGACCUCGGGCAGCAGCUCCAGCUCAAGGUGCAGCGCCUGCAUGACAUUGAGACGGAGAACCUGAAGCUCAGGGAGACUCUGGAGGAGUACAACAAAGAGUUUGCGGAAGUGAAGAACCAAGAGGUUACGAUAAAAGCACUUAAAGAGAAAAUCCGAGAAUAUGAACAGACUUUGAAGAACCAAGCAGAGACGAUAGCUCUGGAAAAGGAGCAAAAGUUACAAAAUGACUUUGCCGAAAAAGAAAGAAAGCUGCAGGAGACACAGCUGUCCACCACCUCAAAGCUGGAGGAAGCGGAACACAAGCUCCAGACUCUGCAAACAGCCCUGGAGAAAACUCGAACAGAAUUAUUUGACCUGAAAACCAAAUACGAUGAAGAAACUACUGCAAAGGCUGACGAAAUUGAAAUGAUCAUGACGGACCUUGACAGAGCAAAUCAGGAGCAGGCCAUAGAGGUGCUGACCCGCUCCAGCUUGGAAGUUGAGUUGGCCGCCAAAGAGCGGGAGAUCGCCCAGCUGGUGGAGGACGUGCAGCGACUGCAGGCCAGCCUCACGAAGCUGCGUGAGAACUCGGCCAGCCAGAUCUCUCAGCUCGAGCAGCAGCUAAGCGCCAAGAACAGCACUCUCAAACAACUGGAAGAAAAGCUCAAAGGGCAGGCCGACUACGACGAGGUGAAGAAAGAAUUAAAUAUUCUGAAGUCCAUGGAGUUUGCACCGUCCGAGGGCGCUGGGACCCAGGACGCGUCCAAGCCCCUGGAGGUGCUGCUGCUGGAGAAGAACCGCUCGCUGCAGUCCGAGAAUGCCACGCUGCGCAUCUCCAACAGCGACCUGAGCGGGUCAGCCAGGAGAAAAGGGAAAGACCAGCCUGAGAGUCGGCGCCCGGGACCUUUGCCGGCCUCCCCUCCUCCUCAGUUGCCCCGCAACACGGGGGAGCAGGCUUCCAAUACUAACGGUUCACACCAGUUCUCAGCAGCGGGGUUAAAUCAAGACUUUUUCAGCUCAUCCCUGGCCAGCCCCAGCCUACCCCUGGCUUCGACAGGAAAAUUUGCACUAAACUCUCUCCUCCAACGACAGCUCAUGCAGUCCUUCUACUCCAAGGCCAUGCAGGACACAGGAAGCACAAGCAUGAUUUUUCCAACAGGUCCUUACAGCACAAACUCCAUCUCUUCCCAAAGUCCAUUACAACAGAGCCCAGAUGUAAAUGGCCUGGCCCCGUCUCCCAGCCAGUCAGAAAGCGCUGGGAGCACCUCUGAGGGCGAGGAAAUUGACACGGCCGAGAUUGCCCGGCAGGUCAAAGAGCAGUUGAUCAAGCACAAUAUCGGACAGCGCAUUUUUGGACAUUACGUCUUGGGACUGUCCCAAGGGUCCGUGAGCGAGAUCCUGGCCCGGCCCAAGCCAUGGAAUAAACUGACUGUGCGCGGCAAGGAGCCGUUCCACAAGAUGAAGCAGUUCCUAUCCGACGAGCAGAACAUCCUGGCUCUCCGCAGCAUCCAAGGCAGACAGAGAGAGAAUCCAGGCCAGAGCCUGAACAGACUAUUUCAGGAAGUUCCGAAACGAAGAAAUGGGUCUGAAGGUAAUAUCACCACCCGGAUCCGAGCCUCAGAGACCGGCUCCGAUGAAGCAAUCAAGUCCAUCCUGGAACAAGCCAAAAGGGAGCUGCAGGUGCAGAAAACAGCCGAGCCAGCCCAGCCGUCCUCUGCUGCCAGCAGCGGGAACUCAGACGAUGCCAUCCGCUCCAUCCUGCAGCAAGCCCGCCGAGAGAUGGAGGCCCAGCAGGCCGCCCUCAACCCUGCCUUAAAGCCAGAGCCACUCUCCCAGACAGACAUCACCAUCCUGACCCCCAAGCUACUGUCCACCUCGCCCAUGUCGUCCGUGUCCAGCUACUCGCCCAUAGCCAUCUCCCUGAAGAAGCCCUCCGCUGCACCUGACCCCAGCAGCUCGGCCCUGCCCAACCCGUCCGCCAUCAAGAAGGAGCCACAGGACGGCACCGGGCCGGAACUCGUGGUAGCUGCUGAGGCUGCCCAGGGGGUCCUGCGGCACGUGAAAACAGAGCUGGGCCGCAGCGGCAUCUGGAAGGACCACUGGUGGAGCACGGUGCAGCCCGAGAGGAGGAACCCGGUGCCCGCGGAGGAGAUCAAGGUGGAAGAGGCUGCCAGCAGCGGGGGGAAAGACAGAGCCAGCGGCGGCCAGGCGCGGGCCGAGCGCAGCGGUGGCGGCAGCGGCAGCAGCCAGCUGCAGGGACCUUCCUCCUCAGAGUACUGGAAGGAGUGGCCCAGUGCAGAGUCACCCUACUCGCAGAGCUCAGAGCUGAGCCUGACGGGAGCCAGCCGCAGCGAGACGCCCCAGAACAGCCCCCUGCCCUCCUCCCCCAUCGUGCCCAUGUCGAAGCCUUCCAAACCCUCCGUGCCCCCGCUGACCCCUGAGCAGUACGAGAUUUACAUGUACCAGGAGGUGGACACCAUCGAGCUCACCCGGCAGGUCAAAGAGAAGCUGGCCAAGAACGGCAUCUGCCAGCGGAUCUUUGGGGAGAAGGUACUGGGCCUGUCCCAGGGCAGCGUCAGCGACAUGCUGUCCCGGCCGAAGCCCGGGAGUAAACUGACCCAGAAAGGCCGAGAACCUUUCAUCCGGAUGCAACUCUGGCUGAACGGCGAGCUGGGCCAGGGCGUCCUGCCUGUCCAGGGCCAGCAGCAAGGGCCAGUGAUCCAGUCCGUGGUGUCACUACAGGACCCCCUCCUGCAGGGCAGCGUGAGCUCAGAAAGCACUCCAAAGACCUCCGCCAGCUGCAGCCCUGCGCCCGAGUCGCCCAUGAGCUCCGGCGAGUCUGUGAAGAGCCUGACAGAGCUGGUCCAGCAGCCGUGUCCCCCCAUCGACGCAAGCAAGGACGGGAAACCGCCCGAACCCAGUGACCCGCCAGCCUCCGACUCCCAGCCCACAACCCCGCUGCCCCUCUCCGGACACUCCUCCCUCAGCAUUCAAGAACUCGUCGCCAUGUCUCCAGAGCUGGACACCUACGGUAUAACCAAGAGGGUCAAGGAGGUGCUGACGGACAACAACCUCGGUCAGCGUCUGUUUGGGGAGACCAUCCUGGGGCUCACCCAAGGCUCCGUGUCCGACCUCCUCGCUCGUCCCAAGCCCUGGCACAAGCUCAGCCUGAAGGGACGCGAGCCCUUCGUGCGCAUGCAGCUGUGGCUGAACGACCCCGGCAACGUGGAGAAGCUGAUGGACAUGAAGCGCAUGGAGAAGAAAGCCUACAUGAAGCGGCGACACAGCUCAGUCAGUGACAGCCAGCCCUGUGAAUCCCCCUCCGUUGGCAUUGACUAUAGCCAGGGCGCCAGCCCCCAGCCCCAGCACCAGCUGAAGAAACCCCGGGUGGUGCUGGCCCCUGAGGAGAAAGAAGCGCUGAAACGAGCCUAUCAGCAAAAGCCAUACCCGUCACCCAAAACCAUCGAGGAACUCGCCACCCAGCUCAACUUGAAGACCAGCACCGUCAUCAACUGGUUCCACAAUUACAGGUACGGCCCUGCCAGCGCCCAAGGGUGGGGGCUCUGGGAGCACGCCCACCCCGCCCCAGCAAGAGGCUGA